AUGUCUUCCGAGAUCAAGCAAAAGUAUCUCAACAUCGUCCAAAAGAACCAAGCAAGAGCGCUCUUCGGCUUGUAUCCUUUUUCGACCAGUCCGCCUCCGCUCGAGUUGGGCGAACGCUUUGGCAUGUGGUUCCGCGUGGAGUUCAAGCGGAGCACUGCUCGCGCUGAGAAGUCAAGAUGCAAGCUGGUGUCACAUGGCUGGAACCUUCUUGACAGCAGCGACCUCCCAUUGCACCUACGCGAGGAGUGGGACGACGCUCAACCAACAUUUGAUUAUGUCGACCUCGUUCUUCGCCAAAACAACAACACCCAGAUCCCUUCUGACACUGUUUUUGGCUUUCAGUGGCGACCCGAUCUACGCCCGACAAAGAAGUCGAUCUCCCCUCAGGAGCAAGCCUCCUCAUCCACCAACGCCGACAACAAGAACUCGAGAGAACGCACCAAAGAAGCUGGUGAUUUCCCCUCACACUCGAACGUCGACCAACUUCACAGUGACUCAAGCAACAAUGGUGAAACCCGAUCCAACAUCCUUGUCACUCACGACGAUACCGUCUCUGCUCCUAAUGACAUCGAUUCCAACGCUGAGGAUGAGAUUACUGUCAAACUCAACCGCAGAUCAUCUCCUGACAUGAAUGGCGACAAGUUCUCUGACAACAACGACAACGCAGCCGAAAAGCCCGAAGCGCCUCUCGGUUCUGACACCCAUCUUGAGAUUUAA